GAAGGAUGUGAGGCACUUUGGUACUUCGCUACUUCUUUUAGUUGCCGUAGUCAUCAUACAUAGAUCAUGUGCUAUUUGAUUGGUCAAACUAAGAGCCGAGGAUAGACGUGGGAUUGGCCGCAAUUGGUUUUAGACUUCCUCGUCCGAGAAUCAAUUAUCAUCCAUUCAACCUUUUGCUAUUGUAAACCUCUGGUGAGGGCAUAAACGCUGGUCUCAAGUCUUUGGUCGAAUGUGACUAUACUGCACCAUCCGAAUCUAUAGCGAGUUGGAGAAUUUCGGUCGCAUACCAAUAUCCUAAUAUCCUGGAACCAUGAACACACAACGAGUUGGCCUCCGGGCUCUACGGCAAGCCGCCCUCAAGAAGCCCAAUGCCCUCUUCUUCGAGAACCUCCCUCGCCUUGCCCUGAGUACGAAUGCCGCAAACCUACAGAUCAGAAGCGCAUCAACUCAAAAGCUUUCCGAGACCGACGCCCAGUCCCUACUCGCGGCGCAACGACGCCAGCGCCCUGUAUCUCCUCACCUAACAGCCUACGACUACCGCCAGACGUGGUUCGGUGCCUCGAUUUGGACUCGUAUCACCGGGCAAUCUCUUAGCGUAUCCUUGUACGCCUUCUCGCUAGCCUACUUAGUUGCUCCUUUGACCGGUUGGCACAUCGAAUCUGCUACUCUAGCCUCGACGGCCGCCUCUCUUUCUCCCGCCGUUCUUGCCGGCCUCAAGACUAUUGUCGCCUGGCCCUUCUUCUUCCACUUCGCAAACGGGUUCCGCCAUCUCACCUGGGACAUGACCUAUGGCUUCAAGAAGGCGACUAUCCAGCAGACCAGCUAUACAGUCUUAGGUGCUAGCCUUGUCGCUACCCUAGGUGCUGUUUUCCUCCUUUGAUCCAUUCGAAGUGCCACAAGAAUAAAGGUUACGGGAUAUGCCGGUACGGACAGCAGCUGGUGUGCUCGAAUUGGGGGCGUUAGGUUGGUUAUGUAGACUACGAAGGGUCAUUAGGGUUAGUCUAUUAGUUACCGGUUGAACCUGAUGAAAACCCCAUGGAUUGGAACCCUGUGCGGAUCACUGAUGUGUGAAUGUUGACUGGAAUACAAUAUGUAUAUUCCUUUUGUCUACGUGGUGUGUUUGCCUCUAUUCACAGGCCACACGUUGAGUAUUUAAAUAGAAC